AUGUCUGAAGAAGAAAAAGUUUAUAUUAGUUAUAAUCAUGUUCAUCAAUUGAUUCAAGAAUCAACACCAAGAUUGAAAAAAUUCAAUCCAGAUUUAAUCUUGUCAGUCGCUGGUGGUGGGUUAAUUCCAGCAAGACAAGUUCGUACUUUCUUAAAAGAACCAGGUUCACCAAAUGUUCGUGUUAUGGCUGUUGUUUUAUCCCUUUAUGAAGAUUUAGGUUCUUCAUCAACUGAUGCUGAAAAAAUUGGUAAACAAGUUGUUCGUACUCAAUGGUUAGAUUAUCAAAAUACUGAUUUCACUUUAUUAGGUAAAAAUAUCUUAAUUGUUGAUGAAGUUGAUGAUACAAGAACUACUUUAAAUUAUGCUGUUAAUGAAUUGAAAAAAGAUGUUGAAGAACAAGCUAAAGCAAAAGGUAUUUCUGUUGAAGAAGCUAAUACAAAUUUUGGUAUUUUCGUUUUACAUAAUAAAUUAAAACCAAAGAAGGCUGAUUUACCAGCUGAGGUUUAUAAUGAAACUAAUUAUAUUGCUGCUAGAGAAAUUGAAGAUGUUUGGAUUGCUUAUCCAUGGGAAUCAAAUGAUAUCGUUACCCAUACUAGAAAAGCCAUUGAACAAGGUAAUGAUGUUUUCUUACCAUAA